GACAGAUUUUUAUUCCACAAGAAACCGUCGCCGUCGUAACUUUAACAGUAUCGUAUCGCACGUCUUACGUUUAUAAAGUGCGAAUCGAUUUUGAUAGUUAAGCAUUUAAACGUUUUGAAUGACAAAUGUGGUUUUUUUGAAUAAAUAAUUUUUUUCGCUUUUUUUCAAAUUAUUUUAACUUUUGCGGAUUCUUCGAGUCGUUUUUAUGAUUUAAAAAUUUUUAUUUUUUAUAAUUUUGUUGCAACGACCAUUUAAAAAAACAUUUUGUGUGUUAUCGUUCGCUGAAUCGAGACAAUUUGAAUUUUCGAAACGUUUUUUUUUUCCUCUUUCGUCUUCAUCAUUUCGCUUUCGUUACGACAUUAAAUUAUAAAAUAAAAAUUCGUCUAGUUAAUCGCGUGUGCAAAAUUCAAUUAUAUAAUUCAUUGUUGUUUUCAUUGUAAAUAUAAAAACAAAUUUAAAAAAAAAAACCGCACCGCCGUGCUUCAUUGUUCAUUUGAGACGUGAACCAAUAAAAACAUUGAACUAAAUAACCAAAACAUUGAACGUGCAAUCGGAAAAACAAAUCGGCAAGAAAAGUGUCAGUCAGGAAAAAUCGAUAAAAACCGACAACAACAACAUUGCCAUUUCGUAUGAAUGCAACUCAUUCAACUACUUCCUACAUUGCAUGAAUUUUACGUUGCAAAAGUGAAAUGUGGAAGUGUUCUGUGCAAAAUUGACUGCAUCAAGUUGCUUUUCUUUGCGAGAUAAAUCAUUGGGAUUCAAACGAAAUUUUAUUUUCAUUCGCGACAUAACGGACAAAAGUGAAGUUAAACUUUAAUAGCAAUGACGGCCAAUGGUAAAAUAUACGAUAUGUCGAAUGAAAAACGAUACGGCCAUGCAGGAAAGAUGCAUCCAACAGCUGUAUCGAUUUUUCUGAAUACAGUCAUCGAUGUUUUAGUGUUUCUGGGAGCUUCCAUCGGAUUUAUAGUGCAAGCCAUCUACUACCGUAUAACUGGACACCCAGAAGUAAACUUAAAUGGUGAUCUAGCUUUAGUCACAGGCGGAGGUGGUGGCCUUGGCCGCCUUUUAUCUUUAAGACUGGCAAAAUUAGGAGUAGAUGUCGUCAUCUGGGACAUUAACCAAGAAGGAAUCGACGAAACGGUGAGACAAGUAAAGUCCAUUGGAGGUAGAUGCAAUGGAUACGUGGUGGACAUCUCAAAAAAAGAAGAGGUGUACAAAGCUGCCGACACAAUUCGAAAAGAAAUCGGAAAUGUGAGCGUACUGAUAAACAAUGCCGGAGUUGUUUCUGGUCGAGCAUUUCUCGACACACCGGAUCACUUGAUCGAACGUUCUUUUAAUGUAAAUGUGCUGGCACACUUUUGGACAACAAAAGCGUUCCUACCAGCAAUGCUCGAGAAAGAUCACGGCCACAUUGUCACAAUUGCCUCAUUAGCUGGACAUGUCGGUAUAGCCAAAUUAGUGGACUAUUGUAGCAGUAAAUUUGCCGCUGUUGGAUUCGACGAAGCCUUACGCUUAGAACUGGAAAGCAUCGGUUCGAGAGGAGUGACAACAACAUGCAUCUGUCCAUUCUUCAUUCAAGCGACCGGAAUGUUUGACGAUGUUAAUUCAAGAUGGGUGCCCACACUUACUUCUGAGGACGUAGCCGAUCGAAUAAUUGGAUCAAUAUUGAGACGCGAGAAAACUGUUAUCAUUCCCAGUUACCUUCAAUUCAUGCUUGCAAUGAAAUGGAUCUUCCCAUGGGGUUGUACUGCCGGUUUCCUUCGACGCAUUGUACCCGACGCCGCACCAAAGCACGGUCUAACGAAUGGUCUGCCACAAAUACAAAAAGAAAUUGAAAUGGCAACGGAGAAAUUGGUGAACAACAAUAACAAAGGCACAUCAUUACUGGUCAAGCGAACGCCAUCGGUUGGCGAACGUGUUCUGUAAUUUCGGCAGAUUUGAGGAAUUGAGGAAGAAACGAAUUUUUCAUAAACAAAAGUGAUCUAGCAUGUAGUUUCCAUUUAUAUUGUUUUGUACCCAGGAUUUAGUGAUAUUUAUUAACUUUUAAGUGGUGAGGUGUGUUGACGAAGCAAACAAAUAGAAAAUAGAAAACUGUUGUGAAGCAGUUGCCAGUGUCAUUAUUCAGAAAUACAAUUGUUUUGUCUCUCAAUUAUGAUAUCAAAGCUGCAUCAGUAAUUCUGACCUUGGUACGUGAUGCACGUAAUACUUCUGGUUGAAAGCUCUUAAUACAGAUUUCCCUGUGUUCUCGUUAGAGAAUAAUAAAAAUAGCACAGAAGACAGAGUUCACAUACUCAACUCACAUAUUGCUUGAUCAAAGAAUACUUACCUUUACACUCGAAGGAAUCUCCAACAAUUAACUUAAUUAAUCGAAGAAAAAACCCGGUUUGCACUACCGAACGGACACACACAGUAAUUAACCAAUUUUGCCUUUAAAAGAAUCAAAAUUGUAUUCAUUGCACGUAGCACUUGCCAUGGUCGUGUUUAUCAAUGAAUCAAAGUCCAAUUUUAAUUUAGAAAUUAAACGAAAAACACUUUCAUUCGGAAAGGUUUUUCUUAAUCCUUAAACUUAAUGUAUAAUUAAGUCAAGUUAAAUUGCGUGAAGCAAUGCUGUUAAUGUAAAUUACUCGUAUGGAUAAUUAAAAAA